GAAUAAUCUUGACGAUCGCAGUGAUCGAUCUCGAUGUCGCCCGAUUCGGCUCCAAAUGAAGCUGCAGAAGCUCUUACUCCUGCAAAUUAUCAUCCCACGUUCUGGGCAGAUGAUGAUUUCGUCGCCCUCAAGUCGGAGGAUGUUGCUGUUGAAGCUUCGAUGGUUGGGUUUCAACACGAGGAGUUGAAAAAAGAAGUCAGAAAGAUGCUGAGUACUGACGCAGUAACAAUGGGUCAGAAGACUCGAAAGCUGCGGUUGAUUGACGCUGUCCAGCGCCUAGGCGUGAGCUACCACUUGGAGAGCGAGAUUGAAGCGGAGUUAUCGAACAUGAUGAAGUCCGGUGUCGACGAACUCGUUGCUAAUGAUCUCGAAUCGGCUGCGCUUUGGUUUCGUCUCCUCAGACAACAAGGAUUUCGUGUUUCCCCAGGUGAUGUGAUGAUGGAUGUUCUUGUUUUGGUCCUUUUUUUUUAUGUUCUAGUGAAAAUUGAAGAACAAGUGUGCUCAAAAGUACCGCAUCAACAAUAUAUCUACUUAUAAUUUAUCCAAACGUGACAUUUUUUGUACAAUUUAUCACAUAUCAAAUAAAUUGUGUGGUAAUUCACUCCAAAUGACAGUUUGCUCCAAUUUGUGGCAGACAUUUUGGAGAAUUUCAAAGACGGUGAAGGCAACUUCAAGCAAACAUUGGCCUCCGACGUGCCAGCAAUGCUGAGCUUGUACGAAGCAUCGUUUCUGAGCAUACCGGGAGAAGAGAUCCUCGACCAAGCAAUGGCCUUCACCACCCGAAACCUGACCGGCACGUCGUCAUCGGCGGCGGAGGCAGAGGCAGAGGAGGUAAGCUUUGCCCUGUUCCGGCCAAUCCGAAAGCGGUUGCAGAGGUUGGAGGCGAGGCAGUUCAUCGACGCCUACCGGACCGGGGACGAGUCCCACGACGACGGCGCCUUACUGAGGUUCGCGCAGUUGGACUUCAACGUCCUUCAGCGAAUCCAUCAGGAAGAGCUAUGGGGGAUCAAGCAGUGGUGGGAAGGUUUGGACGUGCCGAUGAACUUCCCGUACGCCAGAGACAGAAUCGUGGAGUGCUAUUUUUGGAUCAUGGGAGUGUAUUUCGAGCCCAAGUAUUGCCUGGGCAGGACUCUGCUCACCAAGUUCUUGGCCAUCAUGUCUCUGGCGGACGAUACUUACGAUAACUACGCUACGGCUGAACAGCUUGAUGUUUUCACUCAGGCGAUUGAAAGGUGGGAUAUCAAUCUCGUAAGAGAACUUCCACGGUGCAUGAAGAUGCUUUACAGCUUAUUCGUCUACAUCUUCAACGAAUUCGAAGAUGCAGUUUCUGAAGAAGGGAGGUUCUUCGCUCCACGUUACGCCAAAAUGGCGCUAGACAGAACGCUGACGGCGUACCUAACGGAGGCCAAGUGGAGGGAUGCAAACUACUUCCCGACGCUAGAAGAGUACAUGCAAGUCUCACUCGUCACCACCUGCUACCCUUUGCUCAUCGCCGUUUCGUUCCUCGGCAUGUCCGGCGCCGACGCCGCCUCGGAAGACGCCUUCGAGUGGCUCUCCGGCGAUCCCGACGAGGUGGUGGUGGAGCUGUUCAGGUUACGAGUUGCGGAAGCGUGGAAGGAGCUGAACAAAGGGUGCCUGAGGCCGACGGCGGUGGCGGCGGCGCUGAUGGAUCGGAUUCUGAACUUCACGAGGGCGAUGGAUGUGAUCUACAAGGAGGAAGACGGCUACACCAACUCCUAUGCGUUGAAGGACUGUGUCGCCUCUAUUCUCAAGGAACCCAUCUUC